AUGGCUCCGUUUGCCAAUGGCGGUGUCAAUUCGGCACCGUUUUCCAAAGGAGACGCCUGGUUGGUGGUUCGUGGUAUUUGCUUGGUGUGGCGUGGUGAGCACGUGGCACUGGUUUGCAUCGUCCAGAAGCGUGAUAACGGGAACCUCUUCGCCAUGAAGUACGUCAGCCGGAGUGCCUGCAUCGGACGGGGAGCAUUGGGAGGGGUCCUCAAAGAGGUCGAACUGCUGGCAUCAUUAGAGCACCCCUUUCUGGUGAAUCUGUGGUUUUCGUUUCAAGAUGAGGAAGACCUGUUCAUGGUUUGCGAUCUGCUGGCUGGAGGUGAUCUGCGAUAUCAUUUAAAUCAUCAGGUGGAGUUUUCGGAAGCCAGCGUUGCCUUACUGGUGUGUGAAAUCGGUUCCGCACUAGAUUAUCUGCAGAAGCAGCGAGUGGUGCACAGGGAUAUCAAGCCGGACAACAUUCUGCUGGAUGAGGAAGACGUCGGAUUGCGGAUCAAUGCCAUUGACGAUAUUGUGUGCACACGAUAUCCUUUGAGCCAGCCUGAUGUCUCCGGAAGCAAGGUGGUCGCCGAGUCCACAACCAUUUCCAUCGCUGAUUCUCCUACCUCUACAUCUAGUGCCAACGCCAUUUCCCGUUUUCGUCGUUGUAUCCGCUGCAGUCUUCACACGGCCAUCAGAUUUGCUGCACAAAAUUUGUCGAAACCGUUGUUGGUAUCCUGCGCAGAUGCGUAUCCUGGUAUCCUGGUAGCUGCGCCGUUUCCAAAAGGCACUCAAGCUCGAGAAAAAUGA